AUGAAGCUAUCUCGGGGCCCAUCUGCACCAAUUAAUCCAGACACAGGAACCUUCGGAGUCGAAGAUUGUUCGAUUGAAGCUCACAAAACCAAGACCCCCAAAUCCAAACCCGAAGAAGUGGACUGGGAUGAAGAUCUUCGUCCUACACCCAAUGAGACAGUUGAGAAUAAAGGGACCAAUGGAGGAACCAAUGUUGCCGAUACAGACCCGAACCGACCGAAGACAGUUGACAGAAAGAAAGGAAGCAAGCGAGCAAUCCCACCAAAGCCCCAAACAACCUCGGCUAAACGCAGGAAAUCAAACACGAGGAAGAGCACUACUACCAAAGAGGACAGCAGCAAAGGGCCACAAUUGCCAUUGAUAACGCUUGCUACAGGCGUUAUGCCUCCUCCAGGCCCUCUGGGUAAUAGCGGACCUUCCGACAUGGGUCCUUUGGACGGGAAAAGCAAAGAUUAUGCCACGAAGCACAAUGGACAGGUGCCCGAAGCUCCACACCAACCUUUGUCACCGAAAUAUGGCCACAACAAGCAUGGAAAUAACAGCAAGGGGAGUGUGAUCGUUGAGAUAAGAAGCUGCACAUCGGUGACAACUGAUUCGUCUUCGGAUUUCGAAGAUCAUGGCAAAGGGCCGUCUGGUACUUCGAAAGUUAGCAUCCUAGAGCAUCGGGCACAGUCCAACAGAGAAACAAAUAAAGGCAAACUUGUUCAUGUGAUGCCCGAGCUAUCCUCAAGUUCCGACAUUGACAAAGGACAGUCUCGCACGACUACUUCAAAGGUCACCAUCCUGGAGUCAAGGGCACGUCCAAACGGAUCAAGCAGCAAAACCAAGGCGGUUCAUGAAAAGAGUCAAUCCAAACACCAUGGCAGGGCAGAGAGUGUUGGCAACAAGUUGAUGCUUGCGCUCCAUCGAGCAGAGCCUUCUCAGAACGAACCAGUCAAUGAUCCAACAGCACCUCUCAUAAUCUCAUCUGAUCCAGUGCAACCAGAGGAAUCCCCCCCUAAGCAGCUGUCCGAUAAAAUGCCGACUGAAACAGCGUUGGCACUCCCAGCGAUUGAAAGCGUAUCGGACGGAACAAUUCCGUUUGGAAUGCACCAAAACCAAACCGAGCCUAAGACAGUCAAUCCAGCAUUGAUUGCCAAAACUCUUCCGCCCAAAGAAGACCAGAUGCAGCAGGCAGAUGACGCAGACUUCUGGAGGCUGCUGGGAGAUGACAGGUUGCCAACUACAGCGAGCUCUUCAGAAUUUGAAUCCGGCAGAGGCCUGAUGGGGGCAGGCCCUUCAAUCCUUGAUUACCACAUGGAAAUGGAACAUAUCCCCGGAUUUGCAACCUUGCAACCCAUGAGAUCCGAACCAACCACGUCUUCAUAUGUCACAAACAUCUGCGAAAGCCAGGCAAACAGCUCCUCGGAGCUGUCAAAUGUAGGAAAAUUCGAUGAUCCCACAGCAGGAUGGAAUGAGGGACAUGGGUCCAGCCCUACCCCGGAGUCUCAAAAGCCUCUUCUUACCAAUGAAUCCCUAAUGGGACUGAACUCUGUGUCUCCCGAGGCCCUAAAAUCAGUCCCAAAGACCAGCAUUGUCGACAGCAACGGUAGUCCUCGACUCAUGCCUCAGUCAGUCAAGAGCAUGUUUGUGCCCCAGCUCGACCUAGAUGUCGAAAAGGGACACGAGGAGACAACCAGUGUCACCGACACUAGCCUAAGUGAAUACGAUCGAGAUUCCUCAUGCAGUCUUUCCACCGAGAGUAAAUAUGAAGGGGCCAUGUGGACCAAGUUCCAGAGAGACAUGUUCCUGGAAUAUGGGAUCCAACUGGAGAAACUGGAGAGAUCUUACCCAUGGCCACCGCCAAAAGAGCACCACCCAUCGUUUUCUCAGGAGGAUACUGCCGAUCGGGCCAAAUUCGAGAAAGCAUCGACGAUUGGACGAAGUUCUUCACAGAGAACGCUCGACGAGAGAGCAUUAGGCGAUGCUCCUUCAAAGAAUCAUGGGUACCUCGAUCAAUCAUUCCGAACAGAUAUAUCAGCCUCAACACAGCGAGCUGCUAAGUCGCACCAAGCAUCUACGGUGGACAGUGAUGAUAUGGAAUGGAUAUCAACCUUGCAAGUGGCGCAGAAGGACGCACAUCACCUGCUUCAACAAACCAAUUCGAAUUUGUCGACUCAGCUGGCGGCGGAAAAGGCCACCAUCAGUCGAGUCCUGGAGAUCUAUCGAGAGGGGUGUAGUCGGAUCCUUGACGACCUGUUCCAGGCGCAAGAAGCACGAAUGCAGCUAUACCGGCAGCAAAUGCAAUCCGUUAAGGAACAACAUGCAGAUAUAUGUCAAGACCUGGUUCGUGGACUGCAGGAGCUUGAUCGUCGAGUGCAACAAGGGCCAAUCUAA